AACAGCACAGAUGAGCCCCAAUGAAUAGCAGCCAGGUCCUCUUUCAACACACUGUAGCGCGUACACACUGUAGCGCGCGACGCUCCACAUCCCAUAAACACACACACACACACGCACACAAAUGCCAACACACUCAUACACAUGCAAUCCAAUAACGAGAGCUCCGUCUGUCCGAACUGCCUUCUGCCUCUGGUGGCAGCCCUCACUGCCUCUACGAGACACAGAGCCGGGAGCCCACUGGGAGAGGAGCUCCUGCUGCCUUCACAGCACAGAGGAGGAGAGCCAGGGAGCUCAUUUAUAACGCGGUAGAUAAUUCAACAGCAGCUCUGGGUGGAGAAAAGAAAGAGGAGGGAAGGUGAGUGAAUGCAGUCCAGUCCAGUCACUGUUGCUACUGCUGCUACUGUAGGAGGAGGAAGAAGAGGAAGAGGUAGAGGAAGCUCAGUGUCUGGAGAAGCUGGAGGUGCAGCAUUAUCCUGCAAAGACCCAGCUGGAGCAGACUGCAAGCAGUGAUCACAGCACCUCCUCCAGGCUUACAGAUGUGGACGGAGCACAGUGCAAGUUCUAGUCCUGGGUGUCUGGCCCAGUGAUUGAACCCCAGACAGGAACAGGAGGAAACAGAAGUAAGAAGAAUGGCCAUGGGAAUGUGCCUGGGCCUGGAUGUAGGUUGGCUCCUGCCAUUCCUGUUCUGGCUGCUAAUGAUCGGGGUAUCGCCUACACAUGGUCAGGGAUGUCCACAGCGCUGUGAUUGCAUCGCCAAACUCAAAACGGUGUCCUGCAAUGGUAAACGCUUGUCUGCAAUACCAGAGGGCAUCCCCCUGGACACCAAGAUCCUGGACCUUGGUGGGAACAGACUUCGGUGGGUUGAGCAUGGUGACUUGCUCCCGUAUCAACGUCUAGAAAAGUUGGACUUGAGUGAAAACAUGAUAAGCGUGCUGGAGCCCAAUGCUUUUUCUAGCCUUCAGAACCUGCAGAUGCUUUCCCUAAGGGGGAACCAGCUGAAACUUGUCCCAAUGGCGGCUUUCUCUCGUCUCUCCAACUUAACUUCACUGGACUUAAGUGGGAAUAAGAUUGUAAUUCUUUUGGAUUUUACUUUCCAAGACCUAAGAAGUCUAAAAAACCUGGAAGUUGGAGACAAUGAUUUGGUUUAUGUUUCCAACAAGGCCUUUUUGGGUCUGGUCGGGCUGAGGGAGCUGACCAUUGAGAGGUGCAACCUGACUUCAGUGUCAGGCCAGUCUCUGUCUUACCUGCAUAACCUGGUGAAUCUGCGGCUCCGCUACCUCAGCAUCUCCAACUUAGAGGACCAGAACUUCCGAAAGCUGGGAAACCUGAGGGGCCUGGAGAUUGAUCACUGGCCCUUUUUAGAGUACAUUUCCCCUCACAGCCUGCAGGGUUUGAACUUAUCAUGGCUGUCUAUCACACACAGCAACAUCACCUCUGUGCCCACCUCUGCCCUGCGCAGCCUAGCUCAUCUCACUAGCCUCAACCUUUCCUACAACCCCAUCUCUGUGCUGGAGUCCUGGGCACUGAGGGACCUUGUCAGGCUGAAAGAGCUGCAUCUGGUCAACACUAACCUGGCAAUGGUGCAGCCAUACGCACUGGGUGGUCUCAGGCAAAUCCGCCUUCUUAACCUCUCCUCUAACAGCCUGAUAACCCUAGAGGAGGGAGCCUUCCAAUCUGUGAACACAUUGGAGACCUUGCGUUUGGAUGCAAACCCUCUGGCCUGCGACUGCCGCCUGCUGUGGAUCCUUCAACGCAGGAAGACCCUCAAUUUUGAUGGCGCUGCCCCAGUGUGUACAACGCCUGUGGAGGUGCAGGGACGGGCGCUUAACGCUUUCUCUGACUCUGCUCUCUUUGAUCACUUUACUUGCCAGAAGCCUAAAAUCCGCAACAGGAAGCUGCAGCAGAUUUCUGCACGAGAGGGGCAGGUGGUGUCGUUCAUUUGCAAAGCAGAAGGCGAGCCAGCACCAGUGAUAUUCUGGAUCUCUCCUCAACGCCGCCGCAUAACCACAAAGAGCAGCGGCCGCCUGACUGUGUUACCAGAAGGUACUUUAGAAAUACGGUACGCACAGGUGACAGAUAGUGGAACCUACAUCUGCAUAGCCAGCAAUGCAGGGGGGAAUGACACAUAUUUUGCCACUCUUACUGUCAGUGGGCUGCCACUAGAUGCAGCCCUCAUGGCAAACCGCACAUACUAUGCUGGGGACCUUAAUGACACAAAUCUAAAUGACACCAGAGUGUUCUUGAAGUUUACUCUGGACCUAAAAACCAUCCUCAUAUCCACAGCUAUGGGCUGUAUCAUGUUCCUUGGGGUGGUGCUCUUCUGUUUCAUCCUGCUGUUUGUGUGGAGUCGGGGGAGGGGGCAGCACAAGAACAAUUUCUCUGUGGAGUAUUCCUUCAGAAAGGUGGACGGACCUGCUGCCAGUGGAGGACAGGGUGGGGCACGCAAGUUCAACAUGAAAAUGAUUUGAUCAUCAGGAUUUGUUUGUUUUAUUAGUAUUCUUUCCCUGAAGCUUUUAAAAGCAGACUCAAGGACAUAAAGGGAAAAGACAUUGAAAUUGACCUUUUAAUGCAAAACACUUAAUUCAAUUAUUUAUAGGACAUUUUAAGGAGACUUGCUUUUGUUUUUGAAACUACUGUAUAUGUAUAGAAAAGAAAAAUCUAUAUGGGUUUGAUAUAUUUGUAUUGCUUUUUCGUGUGUGGUUGUAUUGUUGUGCAAAAGAAAUCUGGAUUAUAGCUGAAGAUGUCUAAACUGUUUAAUAGACUGUUAAAGGACCAAGCAACAAAAGCACUCAGAGUCCUACGAGUCUUUAACCUUGACAAAGCUCUUGCCAACUUCGUCCUUCCUCCCGACAAGGAAUUCUGUCCUCUUCAUGUUUAAAGGUCUUCACCUCUCUGCUCCAUCCAAGCUCUCCAGACUCAUGAAUACAUUACACAUGGGUGGUGCUCAGUGAAUGCCAAGGACUUGCCAUAAUACGUAUUUAAAUAGUUCCAGCUGUAUACUGCAAAUUCAGACUUAUCUACAGUCAAGACUUAAAAGCACUCUUAUGACAUAAAUAAAGAUCCUCUGCUUUUUUUGCUGAUGCUAGAUUUGUACAGAAUAUAUUAGAUACUAAGAGACUACUCUCUGCAACACUGCCAAUCUGACCGUAAAGCACCAUGUAAUAUCAAUGCAAUGCCAUUCUCACUAAAUACCACUUAAGGAUGGACUAAUUUUUUUAAACUCAAAAUGGGACUCUCCCUGAUAAACUACCCAGAACACAUCAUGUGGUGACAGACCCAUUGACUGCAUGUAAAGAUGGACAACGUGGCUUCACUCCUCCCAUUCUACACAAGGGAAGCCAAAAUUAAACCUUGUGUCGGGACUGACACAUAGGAGUUGGAGUUUAUUCCCUAGGGAUUGGCUGGUGGAGCUGUGGUAUUGGCACACGAUUUCCGCUAAUAAAAUCAGCUUAAUGGUAAAAUAGCAAAGAACCCUCAGGUCGGCACAGCGUAACAGCUUCUUGAGCCGAGGCGAUGCUCAAAGUUCAAAGUUCAAUGACUCUCGUGUUGGGGUUUGUUGUGUUUAUUCUUGCAGUUCUUCCCAUGUUCUGCUAAUCUGGUGUGCACAGCUCUGUAAUGGAGCCGACAGUCAUCAUGGUUUUACACCUCUUUUUUAUAGCAUCAGAUAACCAAUGAAAACUUAAUUUUCAGAGAAGUAAACACUUGGUCAUGAAUCAGGAAAAGAACUAACUACAUUGAGCAAGAGCAUGUUAAAAGAACAUUUCUUUCACACUGUACUUUGAUUUGAAGGUUUGACCCAUGUCCCAUCUGUUGAUAGGGAGGAUACGGGCUUUAUGACCCAUACUGCAGCCAGUCAGUAAUCCAAAUUCAGCUCAAAAUGUUUUGGCUUCACUUUUGGGGAUCUGUCAUGUCGUCUUUCUAUUUAUAUAAAGUCUAACAGGUCAAACAGAUGCACUCUUGCAGCACUUUGUUUUCCAUUGUUGUCUUCGUAUAAAGCAAACAUGUUCGCCUUUUUGGUCUAGAAAAAUGGAAACCUAAAAGAUGAACACUUGCUAAGUUGGCUUUAACGAUGUGUAUGAUUUUUUAAAUUCAAAAUUUGUUUGGGUGUAUUCAUCCCAAAGUUGGACUCCUCAUAAUGUACAAAUAGACUAUAAACUGUAUACGAUGUGUUAUAUAUUUUGUAAAUAUUGACAUACAAAUCCUUGUGGUUGUUUAUAAUACUGUUAUGUGACUUCUACUGUAAUUCUUCUCUUAAAUGCUCCCUUUUAAAGCAGUUACUACCAGUCCAGAGCCUUUUCACUUUCACCUUAAAAUGUCAUCAGAUAGAUAUUGCACUGAGACCCGCCUGCUCGCUCCCUGAGCUUACACACUAAAUCAUGAAGGGCAUUUAUGUCAGUUUUCAGAUCACUUGACUAUUUUUGGCUGUGAGUGACAGUGGGGAAGUUAGGCUGACCAGCAGGGGGAAGGAGUUAAGUGGGUUCUCAUCAGGACCUGGAUGUGUUCAAGACACGCAGGGAGAAAAUGCUAAUUUGAUAAAGACCUUGUAGACUGGAACAAAGGUCAGAAUGAAACUGAGUCAGAGAGAGCAGGGAGUCGAUGUAUUCAGGAAAGACACUGAGGCUGAAAUUCAUUAACACACAGUACAUGCCCCAUAAGACAGCUGUAUAACAUUUAGCAACCGUUUUAUAGAACUGCUUACUAAAGGUUUUUAUUUUGAUAAACUAAGCUUUAUGUAAUAGUCUAAUCUAAAAAAUGAUCAAGCUCUGAGAUGUGUUUCUGUACUCAGUUAAAGUAAAAACAAAACAGUUUUUUUUCUCAUGCAUUCAUGAAAACAGCUCCUGCAACAGGGAGUGUAAUACAAUGUCUUUGUAAAUGUAACAUGAAUUGGCAGUUGCAGCAAUUUCAAGCAUCACAGAGCAGAUUUGCCAGUUUUGGGCCAUCUGUUUUAGUGAAACCAGAAACCAAUUUCUGUCAUAAUUUGAAGAAAGAGUCAAAACAGAUAAACUUCUUUAACUUUCCUCUUCUCAGAGUUUGACUCACAAUUUGUAGGUUUAAGCUUUUCAAACAAACUACACCAGCUUAGAUUCAUCUCAGGCUGUCCAUCUUGAACCACAGCACCUCCAACAGUGUAACUCUGCUGCCCUCUGUGGGAUACAGAUGGUGCUGCAGUGUAACAUUUUACAGGGGAUUCAACCUUCCCAACCUUUCUACUUCAUGGUACACAAUACGAGUCCUGUGUUAACUAAUGUGGUGUUCAUUUUCAUCAACAUAUACAUUGCACAUCAGAUUUUACAUUAAAGGUAUCAUUAAUUAACAAAAAGGGAUUUCUGGUAAUGAACUGCAGAUAUGUAACCUCACUGAUCUGACCUCUCCAUUGCAGAAAUGUAAACAAACAGUUGAUGUUUUCAUUAAACUUCACUAAAUCCAUCUUGUAAAUAUGAAAGCCAUGGUGUCUGGAAAUUGUGCUAGACUGUUUUGUAUUGUAUUGUUUUAUAAAAAAUGAAGCACACUGUUUAUAAAGCAUGCUGUAUUAUCUACGAUGAUGAUGUCUUGUCUCUUGUCCCAUUUUUAUAGCAGUCUUCUGGUCACUGGAGCUUUAUGGUGGCAGUCUGAGAAGUUGAUUGAGAGUCUACAAUAAACCUGUGACCCCGUCACUGUGAAA